CACAUUUUGCUGGUAAGUUAUUUAAUACGUUAUUUUUCUAAUUUUGUUGAAAAUGUCUGAAAACAUGUUAAACAUCGAGGACAUGGAAGUUGUUCUUGAUGACAACUUGGGAUUGGAUGAUUCUUCUUCUGUAAUCAUAGCAGAAAAUAAUCCAGAUGAAGACAUUAUAUUAGAUGAUGAUAUAUUUGAUAGUUUAUUGGUACAAGAAAAUGAAACAGCUACUAUUGAAACAAAGAUCGUAGUACCUUCUGAUUCUACUGAUGCUGAAGAAUUAGCUGUUGUUUACAAUUUAGAAGGAAACACUAUUCAACACUAUGAAGUUAGUCAAGAAAAAUCUGAGAGUAAGCCUUCUACUAGUAUAAAAAGAAAAUUAAGUUGUAGUGGUGAUGAAUCUGCUGUAGAAUUACCUAGAUCUAGACAGAUGGGGAAAAUACCAAUAGCUUUACGAGGUUUGAUAGGACAAGCCAAGAUGAUGAUGAUUCAAAAAAACUGUUCUAUGGCAAUUCAAAUAUGUAUAAAUAUAUUAAAAGAAUGUCCCAAUGCUUCAGAACCAUUUUUUACAUUGUCAGAUAUUUAUGAACAAAUGGGUGAUAUGAAGAAAAGUUUAGAAACUGCUGUUAUUGGAAGUAGUUUAAGUUCUGUUACAUCCGAGGAUUGGGUAUUGUUAGGAGAAAAUUGUGAAGCAAAUAACAUGUUAUCACUCACUGAUUUUUGUCUAACUAAAGCAAUUCAAAAAGAUAAAAGAAAUCUAGAUUUACAUAUUAAAAGAGCCUCGAUAUUAGAAAAAUUAGGUACUGCCAAAACUAUUUUAAAUGAAUAUGACCGCCUACUUCGUAAAUUAAGACCUGAUCAAAAAGAUUCAAUUUUAGCUCUAUCAAAGUUAUUGAUUGAUAGUUUUGUAAAAGAAAACAAAUAUGAUCGUGCAUCAAAUAUUAUGAUCUAUUUAUUUAAAAAAUUUCCUGAUGAUAUUAAUCCUAAAGAUUUUUCUCUCUGCUUAGAUUAUCUAAUAAAACUCAAGAAUUAUAAAAAAUGUUUUGAAUUAUUAGUUGAAUAUUAUGGUUUUGAGUUUGUUGCUGAUUUACAUGAAGGUACAUCUAUUAUUACUGAAGUUGUUGAAUGUGUAGUUCCACCUACAAUGCCUGUAUUAGUUCGUGUAAAAUUAAUAGAAACUCUUAUUCACCUUAAAGCACACUCGAAACUAUCAAACAUUUAUCAACCUUUAUUAGAUUUACCAAUGGCAAGUCAAUAUCAUAUGGAUAUUGCUAAUGCUUUGUUUGAUGAUGACCAACAUGGCCAUGCAAUAUUAUUUUAUGAAAAAUUAUUAAAAUGUAAUAAUGGUCAAUUUGAUGAAACUGUUAUAAAAAUUAAGUAUUCAGAUUGCUUAAAAACCCUAGGUCAUUUGGAAAAAGCAGUAGAUAAUUACAAUAAAUUACUAGAAAGUAAUCCUAAACAUUUAAAAGUAAAGUUUGACUUGUAUAUGUCAUUAAAACAGCUUAAUAAAAUAGGAAAAAGUUUUGAAGUUUUACAAAAUGGUAUUUUUGAUAGUUAUGAAUGCCGACUUUUGUAUGAAUAUGCUAUUAUUUUAUUUGAUAAUGACCAAAAGUUUGAUGAUUGUUUAAGAGCAACCAAACUUAUGUUAUCUCGUCACUGUGUACCAAUAAAUUCACUUGGAGAAGUAAAAACUAUGAUGGCAAUUCAAAAAGGAGAAUAUCGUCAUGAUGCCCUACUAAUUAUGAAAAAAGUUGCUGAAAAUUUUUGUCCUGAAACUAUUUUAACUAUUAAUCCAUUACCUUCAGCUCAAGAUGAAUGGAAUUUGUUAAUAAAAAUUUGUGAAAAAUGUACUGAAAAAAACAAUAAUUAUGAACCUUUAAAAAUGUUGCUUUCAGCUAUUAAUUCAACAAUAUUUUUACCUUUUAAUAAUCAAAUUAUUUUAAAUUCUAUCAAGUAUGCUUAUAAAGUACGUGCUUAUAAAUUAGGUUUUAUGUUAGCUAGGCGUCUUUUAAUGAAACAUCCACAAGCACCACAAUUAGCUAAUAUUUACAAUUUUUUCUUCAAUUUAUGUACAGUAAAAAAGCAAGCAAAGUUUAUAUUUCGUUUAGCUGCUAAGUAUCCUGAUAAUAUUGCAUUAAAUAUUCUUGACACUAAUGUAUUUAAUGACUCAUAUAACCAUCAAUUAGUUGUAUCCAGGUAUACUGAGCUAUUAAGUAAAUUUGAAGAUAAAAGUACUUUAUAUUUUAUGUUAGGAGUUCUUGUACUUAGACUUUGUACAUUUAAAGUAGGCACAGAAAGACAUAGCUUAAUACUUCAAGGUAUUGGAUUUUUAAUGAAUUAUAAAGACCAUAGAGGUGAAGAACAUGAACAAGAAUGUUAUUAUAAUAUUGCAAGAGCAUAUCAUGAAGUUGGUAUGGUUUCAAAAGCUAUUCAUUACUAUAAAAAAGUUCUGGAAUUAGAACCAUUUCAAGAAGAUCAUUGUCUAAAGGCAGCUGCUGCUUAUAAUUUAUACUUAAUAUACAAAAGUUCAGAAAAUUAUGAUGUAGCAUUAAUGUAUUUAAGUUAUAAUCAAGUGUGAUAUUAUUUUUAUUUUAACUGCAUUAAGCCCAUGUAGAGAUAUAUUUAAUAUACAAGAUUAUGGGCAUUAUUAUGCUCAUAAUGUUUUUAAGUUAAUAAGAAACAUUUGUUAUUAGUUUUCUACUUUUUUCAUUAAAAAUUGUUGAUAUAAUCUUUUUAUUAUUGUGUGCUAUAUAAUGUUUUACCACUGUCUUAUUUUACCUACAUCAGUUUUAUGUUAUAAUAAACUCCUA